AGAGCAUAAGAAAGAGAGAGGAAACUCUGCUUCUCUCUUACUAACUCUUCUUUCUCUGUGCGUGUGGUAUAUUUGGUGACGACUCUCACGCGGAAUUCUGCAGAUCAAUACACAUCAUUCAUUCAAAUUUCAAAUCUAUUUAUACCCUGUGUCCUCUUUUUUCUCGAUUUGCUGAAAGAUUUCAACUCAAUUUGGUGGAAAAUUGGAGGUAUAGAUCUUCAGAAAUCUUGUUUUCAUAUAUUCAGGAAAAUUUAAUAGCGCCUUCUAAAGAAGUUGUUUUCGUUUGAAAAAUAUCUAUUCCUUGUUGUCCUCUUUUUAGUUUCACCUUUGCUGUUUCGCCACUUCUCAGAAACCCAUAAAGGCCAGAAAAAUCACUCUUUAACAACAAAUUGGUUUCAAUUCUACUAUACCCUUAUCAUUUUUAAGGUCAAAAUUAACUUGGAUCACUAUACUCCUUUUUCAUCAAUAUGCAAGACCCAUCAAUUUAUUCACAAAUUAAGCCUCAAUUCCCAGAGCAAGAACACUUGAAAUGCCCCAGAUGCGAUUCACCAAACACAAAAUUCUGCUACUACAACAAUUACAACCUUUCUCAGCCACGCCACUAUUGCAAAAGCUGUAGAAGGUAUUGGACUAAAGGCGGUACUCUUCGUAACAUCCCAGUUGGUGGAGGCUCUCGUAAAAGCACAAAACGAUCUUCAUCAUCCAAUAAGAAAAGCUCAUCAACUACAACCUCAUCCCCUGCAACUCCUCCAUUAACAUCCCCUUCUUCAUCCACAAAUCCAAAACCAGAGCCAUUCUGUAUACCUGCAAUUCCAUCUUUUGAUGUGAUGACUACUGCCCCAUUCAGCUCACUGUUAGCGUCAACCGAGCCGCAAUUUGGGAAUUUUCUCGAAGCUUUGAAUCCGAAUAAUAAACAGUUGGGUAACCCAAUUUCCAGUUCGGGCUUGGGUUCUGGUUCGGGCUCUAACCAUCAAAAUGGGAAUACUUCAUAUUUGGGUGUUCAAAAUGGUGGAGAAUCUAAUAAUUGUUGGAAUGGUGGUAACAAUGGUUGGCCUGAUCUUGCUAUUUUCACACCAGGUUCAAAUUUCCAAUAAAGUAUAUUGUUAGUAGUAUUUAAGAGAAGGUAUUUUACUACUUUGCUAAGUAUUUAACUUUUAAACUUUUUUUUUUUAACAUUCUUUUGAGAGUGUUGUUGUUGAUUGCACUCUUGUAGCAAUACAACAAAAAUAACAUAUCUAGUAUAAUUCCACGAGUGAGAUCUAGGUAAUAUAAGGUAUUAGUACAUAAUUUACUUCUGAAAAAAUGUGGUGAAGUGUUGUGUAUGAGCAUUGUCUCUUCAAAUACUUACAAUACUCAUUUUCUAUUAGGUAAUGCAAUAUAAAGCAUGUUCAAUAUGUGUGUUAUUUGAUACUUUAUGCGUGUUUUAUCCAAGGGAAAAAUGUAAAUCAUGGGAAUCUUUUUCAUUUUUUGA